AUGAAGUUUGACGUGAACAUUCUCCGAUACCUCGACAAAGACACCUGGCGCGUGCUCGUCGCGACGGAGAUGGGAAUGAAGAACCACGAAAUCGUCCCCGUGCAGCUCAUCAACGCCAUCGCCGGGUUGAAGCGCGGCGGUGGGUUCAAGCACAUUAAAGAGCUCCUGAAGCACAAGUUGGUGCAUCACGAAAAUAAGGAGUACGACGGGUACCGCUUGACGCCGCUUGGGUACGAUUUUUUAGCACUGAAGGCGUUUGUUAAUCGUGGGUCGAUCGUUGGGGUUGGGAGAAAGAUUGGCGUCGGGAAAGAGUCGGACGUGUACGAAGUCGUAGACGGCGAAGGACGGCAGAUGGCGCUCAAGCUUCACCGAUUGGGACGAACUUCUUUUAGGGACGUGAAGAGUAAGAGAGAUUAUCUCGGUAAACGGACGCAAUACAAUUGGUUGUAUUUGUCCCGUUUGGCAGCGAUGAAAGAACAUCAAUUCAUGGUGGCUUUGUACGAAUACGGAUUUCCCGUGCCGGAACCAAUCGAUGCGAAUAGGCACGCAGUGUUGAUGUCCGUCGUUCGUGGGGCGCCUUUGAGGCAGAUACGCGACCCAGAUAAUCCUGGAGAGAUUUACCGCGACUGUAUGAAAAACAUCGUCAAGCUUGCGAAACACGGGUUGGUACAUUGCGAUUACAACGAGUUCAACUUGAUGUUGAACGAGAAAAAGAAGCUCAUCAUCAUCGACUUCCCUCAGAUGAUUUCCACGAACCAUCCGAACGCCGAGGAGUUGUUUUGGCGAGAUGUGAAGUGUUUGCAUAGAUUUUUUGUUCGACAUUGGGAUUAUCGCGCCGAGGACGAUCCCAUGGGCGAGCCAGAUCCCGAUUUUAAAGCUGUAGUCGCCGAAUCCAUCCCAAGCCAAGCCAUCGACGUUCAGUUGAGAGCGAGCGGUUUCACGAAGAAUCAAGAGAAAGAG